CGUCUGCUGUUCUCUAUCUGCUCGAGUUUCUCCAGCACAGCAGACAAGGCUCAUAUCUGCUGCUCUCGCUCCCCCUGCUCCAGGUCAUUCUCUACCAGCACAAGACAGAAUACACAUCAGCAGGAUGUCGUUCACCAAGAAAACCAGCUACACUGUGAAGUCCUCUUCCUCUGGAUCUGUCCCACGCAGCUUCAGCAGUAUGUCCUAUUCCGGCCCCAGCGUCAGCCGGCAGAGCUACAGUGUGCGCAGCUCCUAUGGAGGUGCCAACCGUGGCAUGGGAGCUGGAAUGGGAGGUGGUAGCUUCAUCAGCAGCUCUUCAGCCUAUGGUCUUGGCAUGGGAAUGGGCAUGGGCAUGGGCAUGGGUACCGGUGUCGUAGCACCCAUCCAAGCGGUCACCGUCAACAAGAGCCUCCUGGCACCUCUGAACCUGGAGAUCGACCCCAACAUCCAGGUUGUCCGCACCCAGGAGAAAGAUCAAAUCAAGACCCUCAACAACCGUUUCGCUUCCUUCAUUGAUAAGGUACGUUUCCUGGAGCAGCAAAACAAGAUGCUGGAGACAAAAUGGAGCCUCCUUCAGAACCAGACGGCCACACGCUCCAACAUCGACGCCAUGUUCGAGGCCUACAUCACCAACCUGCGCAGACAGCUCGACAGCCUUGGCAAUGACAAAAUGAAACUGGAGGCUGACCUGCACAACAUGCAAGGCCUUGUUGAGGACUUCAAAAACAAGUAUGAGGAUGAGAUCAACAAGCGCACAGAGUGUGAGAACGAGUUUGUGCUCAUCAAGAAGGAUGUCGAUGAGGCCUACAUGAAUAAGGUUGAGCUGGAGGCCAAACUGGAAAGCCUCACUGACGAGAUCAACUUCCUCAGGCAGAUCUUUGAGGAGGAGAUCCGUGAGCUGCAGUCUCAGAUCAAGGACACCUCAGUCGUUGUGGAGAUGGACAACAGCAGGAAUCUCGAUAUGGACGCCAUCGUCGCUGAGGUCCGCGCUCAGUACGAAGACAUCGCUAACCGAAGCCGCGCUGAGGCUGAGAUGUGGUACAAGUCCAAGUACGAGGAGAUGCAGACAUCUGCAAACAAAUACGGUGAUGACCUUAGAUCAACAAAGACAGAGAUCGCUGAUCUUACCCGCAUGAUUCAGAGACUGCAGUCCGAGAUCGAUGCUGUGAAAGGACAGCGCGCCAAUCUGGAGAACCAGAUCGCAGAGGCAGAGGAACGUGGCGAGUUGGCUGUGAGAGAUGCCAAGGGCCGCAUUAAGGACCUGGAAGAUGCCCUGCAGAGAGCCAAGCAGGACAUGGCACGCCAGAUAAGAGAAUAUCAGGACCUGAUGAACGUCAAACUCGCCCUGGACAUUGAGAUCGCCACAUACAGGAAGCUCCUGGAGGGAGAGGAGGACAGACUAGCAACUGGAAUCAAGGCCAUCAAUAUCUCAAAACAGAGCACGAGUUAUAGCGCUUAUCCCCUGGAAAGUGCAGGCAGUGGCUACAGCAGCCACUCUAGUUAUUCCAGCGGCUACGGUGGUGGCUACGGUGGCGGCUACAGCUCUGGUGGCGGCUAUAGCUCUGGUGGUGGCUACAGCUCUGGUGGCGGCUACAGCUCUGGCAGGAUGAAGAUGUCCCAAUUUUUCAAUUGUGCUGAAAUAUAUUUUUUUCCCAUUUAGUACUGCCCUUUCGGAAGCAACAGAAGAUACU